UUGUUUCCAUAUCACAUGGUGUCAGAAUAGGAAAUAAUAAGUGCGGAAAUGUCUGACUAUUGAUUUAUUCAUUAUAUUAUAACGAAGUGUUCACAGUGCUAGUGGAAACUCAUGUCGACAAGUUUAAAAGCUUAAAAUAAAGUGAAAACUUGUGCCAUCAUAAUGUCGAAUGAUGAAAAUAAGGUUAUGUCGACUCAUGUAGCGUCGAUUAAACCACCGAAACCUCUCGUAUUAGAAGAAAACAUGGCGACCAGAUGGAAACAGUGGUGGCGCCAGUUUAACUGGUACUCGGUAGCAACUGAGCUCACAAAUAAACCACCACACAUACAAGCAGCGACGUUUCUAAGCUGCAUUGGAGAAGAGUGCGUUCGCGUUCUUGAUACGUUCGGAUUAAGUGAGGCGCAAGAAGCGGAUAUUAAAGUGUUAAAAGAUCGAUUCGAAAGCUAUUUUGUCCCUAAAUCGUGCCUUACAUACGAACGAUACGUGUUUGGGAGAAUCAAACAGAGCGAGGAAGAACAAUGCGAUGUAUUUUUCACUCGAGUUCGUCAGCAAGCAAAAAAAUGCGCGUAUAGUGUUCUGCACGAUUCCUUGGUAAAAGACAGAGUCAUUGCGGGCACCAUACACACAAAGCUAGUUCCGCAAUUGCUAAACGACGAUAACGAUUUACAAAAAACGAUCGAUAUAGUGAGAAACUAUGAGCAGUCAGUGAAGCAGUCAAAAGUGAUGUUGGAAAAACCGGUGGUAGAAAUUGAUUCCGUACGGCAGAGAAAAAAUGAAAAUUCGCGAAUUGACGAAAGAGAUACAACGUUCCCAUGUAACCGCUGUGGAUACGAACACCGUAAGAGAAUGUGCCCAGCUUUUAAUAAAACAUGCAUUAAGUGUGGGAGAAAAGGUCAUUUUGCCGAGAAGUGUAUCAGUGUUAGAGCGUCAAAUUCUGCACCGAAGAGUAGCCGGUUUGUGAAAACAAUAGAAUUAGAAGAAGACGAAGAAGAAAUGGCGGUCGAAGAGCUGUAUAUUGCUGCCAUUAGUGACGACGAUGAAUCCAGUGAAGAAGUGUGGUACGAAACUGUGUUGAUUAAUGACGAAAAAGUGAAACUGAAGCUAGACAGUGGAGCGGCUUGCAACGUACUGCCGUGGAAUAUAUAUCGCAAGAUUGGGGGAGUACUGAAGCAAUCGAAGACAAAGAAGUUAGUGUCGUACAGUAACCACAAGUUGAACGUAAAAGGCGAAGCAGAACUACCGGUUACUGUGAGAGGCCGAAAAGAAAGUGCAACCUUCAAAAUAGUUGAUGGGGAAGUGAUGCCAAUUUUGGGCAGAAAGACAAGCGUCAGAUUUAAAUUGAUAGCACGCGUGGAUGAUGUGAACAUGGAAGAUUCAUUAUUCAGCGGCCUCGGUUGUGUAAAAGGAUUUAUUUACGAUAUUGAUCUGGUAGAAAACCCUACCUUUCGAAAUGAACCGCCCAGAAGGAUACCUCACUCACUCCGCGCAGCAGUUAAGCAAGAAUUGGAUUCAAUGCUAAAAAUGGGGGUCAUUGAACCGAUCAUAGAACCAACACCAGUCCUCAAUGCAAUGGUGAUAGUGAGGCAAAAAGUUCCAACAUCCGAAGCCACUCUAAAACCGCAGGUGAUAAACAACGUUACGGAAACGUUGGGUGAACGACGACUACAGCAAAAGAUGUACGCAGACAGAGGAACAAUUAGACCGCCAGAAUACCAUGAAGACCAAAUGGUCCUAGUACAGGAUACUAAAUCGCGCACUUGGAAGGAAGGGAAGAUAGAUGAAAGGCUGGAGCAACCAAGAUCAUACAUUGUACAUCUAUCAGAUGGAGGUGUGGUUCGCAGGAAUGCCAGGGAUAUCAGACCCAGGAAAACAUCAGUCAAAACCAUCGGUCAUCAGCAUCGCGAGGAAUCACCGUAUCGACUGCAGCCUGCAGUGUACCCAGAUGACAUCGAAGCAACACUAGACUCCCAACCUCCAGAAGAAGAUCAAUCGUUGAGUGAUACCAAUAACCCACCCUUGGCAAGUCCUUUACGCACCAGGAGUGGACGAGUAAUCCGUAUGAAUCAGGAUAGCUGCUAUGAAUACUAUUGACGAUCUUAAAAGGGGAGAUGUGACGUAAGUGACUUACAUUUAGUUAGCGUGUAAUUCCACCACCUUUAUAUCGUACCUUACAUAAACCUUGGUUUGACACUGAGCAGACACACACCUAAGA